UUGGGGGGUUGGGCCAAGCUCAAGGAGCUCAUCUGGGAGAAGGGGAAGGGGAUGCAUGGUCUAGGUCUCCUCCUCACCCUCUAAGAUGGGCUCUGGGGUUAUGUACCCAUUUCUCAGAGAAGAGACUGAGACUAGAAGCCAGAGUGAAGCAGUGAGGGGCUGACAAGUGAGGGCUUGCCUAUUACCAGAAGCAGCCUGAGAUGUUUUCAGAUAUUGAAAAAAACCAAACUAACUAAUAAUAAACCCAGGUGGUGAGGGAGAAGAUGACCACAGGCAGAGGUCAGAGCUUAGAUUCCGGUGUCUUUGCUUAGGUUGCUUGAAUGGGGGGCGCCCUGGCGUGGGCACCGUGGUUGCUGCUGCUACUGCAGGAUCCGUGCAGCCUGGGAUUGUCCUGCAACGUGUCGUUGGGGACCGUGAACUGGACCAGGGAGUUCAGAACCCCAUGCCUGAACUUCAGUGGUCAACACCUGAACCUGCCCUGGAACACGUCUCUGCAGGCUGUCGGAGUUCGCCUCCUCGACCUGUCUGCUAAUGAACUUCGAGAGCUCCCACAGACCUUCUUUGACACCCUUCAUAACCUGCAGAUCCUGAAUGUGACAUACAACCCCCUGGAACACGUGCCUGCGAUGCUGGCAGAGCUCUGCAGCCUUGACCUGAAAGCCAACUGCCUCUGCGCCCUAGCCCCCUGGCAUAAGGUCCGGCAGGACAAGAACUGCUCUGACCCACCACUUCUGCAGUGCCUGGAUGAACGAGCUGGCACCUGGCACAACCUCUCCACCUUCCUGGAGAGCGGCUGCCCACCUGGCCUGUCCUCUAUGACCAUUGGGGUGCUGGUGGCCAGUGGAGGCCUGCUCCUCGGGCUCUUCAUAGCUGGCUCAUUGCUGGCCUGGAGAUUCCGGGCACGCUGGGCACCCAGUAGCCAGGGCCUGGGCAAAACAUGGGCUGCUGCAGAUGGUCCUAGGUCCGGUUCCGGCCGGCAGCCGAGGUACAGUAGCCGGAGCCACAGCCCUAAGCAACCAGCGGACACCCUGCCCAGGCCCCCCACACCUGACUAUGAGAAUGUGUUUGUGGGCCAGCCACCUGCCGAGCACCAGUGGACCAAACACGGGGCUCACCCUUCAGAGGACAACGACCUCUACAUGAACUACGAAAGCCUCCCCCAGGCUUCCCAGAGCCCCCGCCAGGCCUCCCAGCCCAUCUACGGCAACCUGCAGGCCCUGGGCCAGACCCCACCGGUUGAUGAGGAGUACGUGAUCCCUGGGCACUGAGCCUGCAAUGGCCUGAACUCCAGCCUGCCCUCUUCCAGGGCCAUUCUGGAUCUCUCCUGGCCUCAGUCUCCCAGUCUGAGGAAUGGGGACAGGGAGGAACUGUCUUGGAGGUUCCUCCUCAGCCCCCGCUCUGCUCUUCAGCACCUUUGGCUGCUAGAAAGGAAAGAGGAGAGACCCCAACACAGACACAGGAAAUUCAAAGUUUAAACUAUUGUCACCUCCCUCUUGAUGUGCAGGUGGUGUUCAAUAAACUCUGUGAGGCAGAUGAGGCUGCUAGCUCGGGGGUAAAGGGUCCUUCCGGUGGGGACUUCCUGAGCUCUCAGAACUAGAUCUCUGAGACUUCUGAAUUUCUCUCCAGUCCCCUCCCUCUGUCCUUCUCAGGCCCCCUUCCCAGGCGCCUGGCAUCCAGACUCAGCCCCCACGGUGUCCCAUGCCAACCUCAGAUGGAUUUUUGUUUUUUAUGAAUCAGGACUGUGCCCCUCCACUACUCACACACCCUCCAUGGCUCCCCAUUGUCUCUGGAUCUUCAGCCUGGUACUUGAGGACUGCAGGAUCCAGGCCUGCCCACCUCACUGCCCUCUCCCAUCCCUCUGCUUUUGUGGUCUGGGCCUGUCCCCACCAGGCCCACCUCCCUCCUGAAGCCAUUUUUUUUACCCAGAAUGUCACCCCCUUUCUUUUUUGAAGAUUUUUUUUUUACUUAUUUCAAUUCAGCCAUCUUUGUGACCACUUAGAGUUCUUUUAAAAAAUAUUUUACUGAUUAUGCUA